ACGCCCUAGACACACUGUUGCAGCGCACCAGCCAACCGCUGCACGUGGACCUGAUAAUUACCUCGGAUUCGCAUAGCCACCAAGUCAUCAUGUUGCUGGAGUGCCUGAGACCACAUAUGCAGGCUGGAGUCAGCGCUGUGGUGGACCUGUACAACCUGUCGUUAGAGGCCCGUCACCUGAAAUCGCUAAACGUCCUCAAGGGAAGCCCGCGUGUUCGCACCGGCCACCAUCCGAAGCGUCGCUCCCUCUUUCCGCUGUGCACCUCUCUACACAGAUUGUUGAAUGUGGAACGCGUGCUUCUCUUGGCGCCGCAAGUGCAGUUCUACGCCGACGUCUCCCUGCUGUGGGAGCAGUUCAAACUGUUCCCAGCAAGCGCCGUGUUCGGCCUGGCGAGGGAGCAAAGCCCCAGGUUUGGAUAACA